AUGUUGAAAACAGCUACUUGUUAUAGACUUCCACAAGCUACCUCACAUUUAUGCAUCCCCGCAAUUCGAUUCGUGUCAAGCACAACCACGAAACCUCGGACAAUCAGUACUCAAAUCCAGACACAUCAUAAUGACUCCAAUUUACCACUAGAUAAACAGUCAGAACAAACACCAGGUACUGUUCCCCAAAGAAACGGUAUUUUUGAUAUUGCAACAAAGAUUUACAAUGCCUCAGAUAUUGAAAAGCACGAUGAUGUGAAGUUUUUGACCAAGCCUGCUUAUCCACAUGUUGGUUUCACUGAAGCUGGAUGUCAGAAAGUCGAGGUUGCUCAUAGAGAGCCAAGAACUUUUGGGGACAAGAUUGCGUAUCAUGGAAUUAAGUUCUGUCGUGGAUGCUUUGACUUUGUUACCGGUUACAAAGUUCCCAAAGAAGGCGAGUCACUUGAUAAGUACAAAGGUACCAGGUACGAGAUGACAGAGGGUAAAUGGUUGACUCGGGUUAUUUUCUUGGAGCUGGUUGCUGGUGUUCCAGGGUCAGUUGCUUCGUUUUUGAGAACAUUGCAUUCAUUGAGAUUGUUGAGGAGAGACAAGGCUUGGAUUGAGACUUUGCAAGAUGAGGCUUACAAUGAAAGGAUGCAUUUGUUAACUUUUAUGAAAAUUGGUCAACCAUCAUGGUUCACCAAGACCAUCAUUUAUCUCGGUCAGGGAGUUUUCACCAACUUGUUCUUCUUCUGUUACUUAGCCAAUCCAAAGUACUGUCACAGAUUUGUUGGGUACUUAGAAGAAGAGGCAGUGAGAACAUACACCCACUUGCUUGAUGAAAUGGAAGACCCCAAUAAACUCAAUGGUUUCCAGAAAAUACAGAUUCCUACAAUUGCCGUCAAUUAUUGGUCAUCGUUAUCAAAAGAUUCGAGUUUCAAAGAUUUGAUUUUGAGAAUCAGAGCUGAUGAGUCCAAACACAGAGAAGUGAACCAUACAUUGGCCAACUUGAAACAAGAUGAGGAUAGAAACCCAUUUGCUUUACAAAUUAAAGGACUCGAUAAGCCUCAACCAAACUAUGGUUUGGAUGUUGUUAGACCUACCGGUUGGGAGAAGAAGGAAUUAUACCUUUAG